AUAGUUCCAUUAUCAUCAUCUUCACUUCACCUCCCAACCUCUCUCCAACUAAGCCCCUCUCUCUCUCUCUCUCUCUCUCUCUCUCUCUCUCUCUCUAAAAUGGGUUCGAGCAACAGUCGAUUGGGAUCGCGUCGUCCUCGGCCCCGAGUCAACCGCUCUAUAAUCUCCUCUCUCAUCUGCGGUGGUUCCGAUUCUCGCUCUACCUAUCAGGUGGAAGAACAGUAUGAACAAAUCCGUGAAGUUCAGAACCCAAGAGUGGAAUCUUCACUUUCUGCCAGUUCAAGAACAGGAUUUACCAGUUCAAAUACUGAAAUUGUAGCUAAUUUGAAUGGAUUUUCUGAAGAUGGUUUAAGAAGUAUUGGAACAAGUAAUAGUACAUUCUUGUCUGAAUGUAAGGAGCUAACUUCUCCUGAUCAGGUGAGUACUGGUUGUGGUCAUGAUGAAUCUUCUAUGGGUACUAAUCAUAGUACUACUACAUCUAGUACUUUGUUUAAAGAACAACAAUCUUCAGACGCAGUUUCUGUGAUUGUUUCUCCUAACGCGGGUGCGGUAAAUGGUAUUGGUAGUUCAGCGCACAAUGGUGCCGAGGUUAUGCAUCCAAGCAGUUCGCCCACUCAGGGACGUGGCAGUUCAUGUUCGGACACAGUGCCUUCUGAUGAGAAUCACACGGCCGAUGUAAUGGCCAUUGGUAGCUCUGGUUCCGAUUCCCACUCUGUUCAACUUUCCAAUCCACCGGUGCCUUUUCACCCAUUUGGAAGUGAACCCCUUCAUGAGGUAAUACCUUCGGGUUUAGGGUUCCUGGUCUCCAACAGGGAAAGGGCCCGAGCUGAUGGCGGGCUACUUCAAGUGGAUGUCGUGAGUAUUUCUUCCAACGUACUGUCCAAUAGCAAUCCUGAUGCAAGUAACCGUGAGGCCAGGAGAAAUAGUAGAAGACUAUUCUGGGAUGCUUUCUCACGACGCAGUUCCAGAAGGCUCAUUGAUUCUCCAACCAUUGUUUUUUCAAUGGAUGAUAAUGAGGAACUAGGAUCUCAUGACCGGUGGCUACUUGGUUUCAGUGGUGACUUUUUUGAUGAGGGGAAUGGAAUUGAUUCUAGAUACCUAGGUAGUAGGAUUCCAUAUUCAAGUGAACGAAGACGACACUCAAGAUCUGAGGUCUGGGAGAGACUUCGUGGUGGCCUUGACGAGUAUGGUAGACGAAGUAUGUUUUGCCCGUCAGGGCACCACCCGGAUGGUACAUGCUCAUGUGAGUCGUUAUUGAUGAAUGAAGAGUCCACGACUCGAGCUAGUAUAUCAAGAAUUGUCAUGCUUGCUGAAGCUUUAUUUGAGGUUUUGGAUGAAAUUCACCGCCAACCUGUGUCGCUUUCCCUAUCCAUGGUCUCAAGUCCUGCUCCAGCAUCCGUCGUCGACUCAUUCCCUCUCAAGAGCCAUUCCAGGCUAGACAAGGCCGAUGCUCGUGAUGAGGUUUCAGAGUGUUACAUUUGCCUUGCUGAAUAUGAAGAAGGGGACAAAAUUCGGGUCCUUCCUUGCCAGCAUGAGUAUCACAUGUCAUGUGUGGAUAAGUGGCUUAAAGAGAUUCAUGGAGUAUGUCCACUUUGUCGGGGAGAUGUUCGUGAGAACUUAACAGACAACUCAGAGAUACCUUCUGUCUGA